AUGGUACUGCCUCUUUUCAAGCUUGGAACACUAGCCCUAAGAACUAUCUCCAAACCCAUUGCUAAUAGGCUCAAAAAAGAGGCUGGCUUGCACCCCACGUUCCGCCAGUUCAUCAUCAAUAUUGCCCAGGCAAACCAUCGCUUCACAACGACAGUGCAAAGACGCUUAUAUGGACAUGCAACUAAUGCAUUGAUCCGCCCUCUGGAUGAAGGAAGAGCUGUUCAACUUGCUUCUGAACUUUUUGGGGAACUUUUUGUGUUCACGGUUGCAGGUAUUUUAUUGAUAUAUGAGGUGCAUAGAAGUUCUAGAGCAGAAGCUAGAAAGGAAGAAAAAAGGAAGCAAGAAAUGGAGGCACUGAAGCAAAAGAACAAAGAUUUAGAAAGAGAAUUGGAAGUUCUAAAGUACAGACAAUCUGCACAAGGAAGAGGCUAUUUAGAUUUUGUCAAACUCUGGCACGCCGGAAUUAGAGUUUGCCAGCAAAUGGAGAACACUAGCACCCAUCCUCUUGAAGAUACUGACAACUCAGAGAAUGACUUUUUGAAGGAUAAUUCAAGGAAGAAAACGUAA